AUGAGAUUAGGAAAAGGUGUCUAUAAGGAUGUAAAGUUUCUAGUAUUGAAAAUGCAAGACAAUUUCAUUCAAAUUGAUGCAGAAUUGACCAACCUUGCCACAUUGGACGAAUUGAUCCCAAAACUUCCUCCAAAGAACACUCGUUUCAUCUGCUAUUUAUUGAGUUUCGAAAUGCCUACUGAAAAUACUCAACUCAGAGAAGGAAUCAGAAGUAAGAUAAUGUUCCUUACUUGGUGUCCGGAUGAAACCAAUGUUUGGGAAAAGUUUUUAUUUACUGCAGCUACAAAUUUAGUUAAGAAAAAAUUUAAAGGAAUGACUGGAACUAUUCAAUGUUCACAUGGUUCUGAAAUUGAUGAAAGUCUAAUGAUUGAAAAAUGUUUGACCUUUAUGAAGUAA